AUGGCAGAGCGCCUCACGGACAAGCAGGUCACCGACUUGCUCGACAUCCUGCGCAGCAAUGCCGCCCUCGACCACAAGGUCACCGCCGUCACCAACGCCAAGUCGGCCAUCAAGCAGCACAACGUCCCCGAGGGCAGCAUUGCCCUGCUUUUCGAGGCGCUGCGCACCGCUUCCACCGCCCAGCAUGCUGUUCUCGUAAACGCCGGCUUCACUGCCCUCGGACACCUCCUGACCCGCCUUUCCCGCCAGGAGCCCAAGCACAUCGGAAAGGAGGCCGUCCGCACGCUCCCCGUCGUCAUCGAAAAGCUUGGCGAUCAGAAGGACAAGUACCGCACGCUCGCCUCGCAAGCCCUUGUCACCAUCUACGCUGUAAACCCCGGUGAAGUCGAGCGCAUGGUUCGCACCACAGCCAUGUCGGGCAAGAACCCACGCGCCAAAGAAGCCUCCUUACACUGGCUUCUCCUGAUGCACCAAGAUCACGGCUUGCAAUUCCGAAGCUACGUCCCGUUGCUUAUGGAGCUACUCGAGGACGCGGACGGCAUGGUCCGAGAUGCCGCCAAACACACUGUCAUUGAGCUGUUUCGAAAUGCGCCCAACACUGCCAAGUCGGAUCUUAAGCGACAGCUCAAGAAUUACAAGGUCAGGCCGGCGAUCGAACAAGCCAUCAUCAAAGAACUAGCACCAGCUGGCGCACGCUCCGAAACACCAUCUGCACCCGCACCGAGUAGCCGUCCGCAUUUUGCCGGCAGCGUAUCGUCCAUGUCGAGCGAGCGUCCCGUUACACCAGCUGUACCAGAGUCCCAGGCGGAUCCAGUUGAGCCACAAUACGUUAACACCAACCGCGAACUAGACGAGGUGAUCAAGGGCAUGGCCUGGCAGUAUGAGGGCCGCGAAACCGAGCAGAAUUGGCAAAAGCGAGAGCAGGGCAUGACUACUCUCCGUCGACUCAAUGCCGGCAAUGCUCCUUCCGACUUUCACGACACAUUUGUCAAUGGCCUCCGCGGCAUGCUCGACGGCAUCAUCAAGUCUUUGACCUCGCUGCGAACGAGUCUUUCCAAGGAGGCCUGCGCCCUGAUUGAAGAUGUUGCUCUGACCCUCGGCCCUGCUAUGGAGCCCAUGGUUGAGCUGCUGAUGCAAACUCUGCUCAAGAUGACUGCUUCAACAAAGAAAAUUACCUCACAGAUGACUAGCACGACAAUUGACACCAUCAUUAGCCGCAUCUCCUACACACCUCGCAUCAUGCAACAUAUCUGGAGCGCUUGCCAGGACAAGAAUGUCCAGCCCCGUCUCUAUACGACUAUCUGGCUCAAGACGCUCAUUAAGAAGACGUCGGGGAACAAGCAUCACAUUGAACAUACUGGUGGAGUUGAUCUCAUCGAAAAGUGCCUGAAAAAGGGCCUUGCUGAUGCCAACCCCGGCGUCCGAGAGAAGAUGAGGCCCACGUUUUGGGCAUUUUGGGCUGUCUGGCCCUCUAGAGCAGAUGCUAUCAUGGAGGACCUGGAUGCUACCGCGCAGAAGCUCCUCAACAAGGAUCCGAGCAACCCCAAUUCUCCCAAGAAGACUGAACCCGCUAGACCCGGCAGCAGCCUAUCCAGAACUGGGAAGACGGCUAGCAGACCCAACAUACGUGAAGCUAUGAUGGCACAGAAGAGGGCCAUGGCCGCUCAGAAGCUGCCACCCCGCCCUGGUUCAGCCAUGGCACAGCUAUCGCCAGUACGCGCAACAUCAAAUGCGUCCACUAACGCUCCACAGUCUGGCCACGCGGCCCCUCCGAAGCUCACCUCGCGUACCAAAACAGAAUCGACCAUUUCUGUGAAUGCUGGUGGCAUGUCGGUUGCACCUAUGAGGCCGUCCAGGAGACGUCCCGAGAUUACCCGACCUGCCACUGCAGGCCCGUACUCGGUUCGUGACCAACCUGGCUUGGAGAUCCAUAGCCCGGAAUCUUUGAAGUCCAGGAGCCAGACACCAAGAGUCAUGAAGGAUACGACGCCUAAGAAGUCGGUUUCCCGAACCCGGCCUGGCCAUGUCUCCCACGGCAGUGAGUCUAGUAUUCCAUCGCCUACAUCUAGGACAGGAGCCAAGCUCAGAGUCGUUUCGCCUCGGGUCAGUCCUGCAAAGCCUAGGAUGCCGCAUGAAGACCUGCUUGGAUCGAGCCCAACCCGCCACGGUCCUGGUAAGCAGAGCGUAGAGCGCUACUCGCCCACAAAGGUGCACGAGGAUAUCAGCCUUGUUGUGCCCAGCAUGGCCAGCCUCGAGUCUGCCUCAACCAUUGUUGCCGAUGACGAGGAAUUUGCGACUAUGGAUGUUCCUACUACGCCGACACCCGUGAUGGCGCAUAUUGCUCGGCAUUCCGAACCACCGCAAGAUGCUGAGCCGUUGAAGGUGUAUGAAGACCCUGAUGCCGAAAUACAAGCCACGCCAAAACCGGAAGUGUCGGGCCCCGUUCUCGAGGAUAGGCCCGUCAACGAGGAUGCUGCCAAACUCCAAAAGGCUGCUGAGAUCACCGCGGCACCGGUGGAACCCGAGUCGCCUGAAAAGAUGCGCCAGAACUCUCGUCUUCUGGACAGUGGCAUCGCGAAAAUCAAGGCCAUGUCGCUGGAAGUCCACGGGUUCCGCAAGCUGCAGUCCCUUAUCCGGGACAGCAGGACCAUGUUUACCGACGACAAGUUCGAGGCGCUCUUGCUUGGCCUGUUCAAGUAUCUCGAAAACCCGCUUAGCAACCUGCCAUCAGACAAGGGCCAAGACAUCAAGGCUCAGAUUCUUGCCACCAUCAAGCUUCUGCUAAGGAAGGAGAGGGAAAACUUUCAACCUCACGUGUCCAAGGGUCUCGAGGCUCUGCUGCAGACGCGCAGUGCAUACGACUCGCGAGCCCACGUUGUCAGCGGUCUGGAGCUUCUCGCCGACGAGUUGGUGGGCAUCGGUGACGGGUCCGAGAUUGUGGUCGUCCUGACGCGGCAGCUGCACGACAUCACCGACGCCACGACUGAGGGCUGCCGAAGCCUGAGCAUGGGCCUCCACGUGCUCAAGGAGAUGCUCAACAGGCGGGCCGAAUUCCAGCCCACGUCGGGCGAGCUGGAGCAGCUGACGGGCCUGGCGGGUCACUGCCUGGAGUCGGCCAACUCGGGCGUGCGCAUGGACGCGGUCAAGUUCUGCGUGGCCCUGCACGCGCGUGUCGGCGAGGCUACGUUCUGGGACGCGCUGAGCGGGAUCAAGGACGACCCCAAGAGCCUGAUCACCUAUUACAUCGUGAAGCGCCAGCGUGAGCAGCAGCAGCAGGCUUGA